CGACUGUUGAGAAAGAUUGGUGCCACUGCAACGUAGCCUGGCUGAGAAACAGCCGACAGGCAUUACGACAUUGUAUAUGCCAUAGUAUUAGCUGCUAUGGGUGCUUUCUCACCAACCCAAUUUUCAGAAAGUUCAUCUGCGAACUUCGAAGCUGCAGAUCUAGAUCUCAUUAGCGGAGCAGGCGGUCCGUGUCCGCCCACAGAGCAGGAUCGCAUUCAAAUCGCAUUUCAUUCUUAGUUUCUACGGUCAUACUCGCAACCUAUUCUCAAGCUUGAUAUCUCCUAUGUCCUUGGCAAUACACUCCAUCCGAAGCACAGAGGCUUGAGACCUAAGGCACCGAUCCUGUGAGUGCAGCAAGCACAUGGUUAGGUAGUACUCAAGUCUACGAUCUGUCAUUUUUGAGUCGCACUCCUCCAACAGUGAUAUCAUGAUAUUUGUCAUGUAGGAAUUCAAAUAUACAAAAUACUUCGAGAUUCAAUCAUCAAGAAGUAUACGGCUAUGCGCUCUCGGGUCUUCGAAACCCCUUCAUUUCCAUCUUCUGCCCGAGUCCGUUGAUACCGUCCUCUAUCCACACUGCAUGGAGUUCACAACAUUCACCGUUUCAGUCAUUUUUUGGAUAGAGGACGACGCAGGAUUUCUUCGUGAUCAUCAGGCGACCUUACACUGAGUCAAGGACAAACUUGCGGCGUAGAUAAUCGCUAGUGACGUGGUCCUAUGACGACCACGGCUUUGUUGGUUGAUCUAUCUGUCUAUCGAAUGCAAAGGUGCUGUAUGUUCAAAUACGCUAUCACACGAACAGAUGCCAUCUUGAAUCUAGAAUCUUUGCUAUAAGGCACUGCCGACGCAGCUAUAUCCUAUGAACCCCCAUUUCAUGGUUCGCUAAUCUUGAACCAACCCCCCCCCCCGGCUCUGUUUUGCUCCACCAUCGAAUACAUGACUUUAUCUCUGCCGUCCGCGUUUUUGAUCGGGACGAUAUUGGAAGCUUUCGCAUAUGGUGUCUACUUGGCGAUGCUCCCUCGAGGAUUCGCGAUAUUGCGGAAGAGAGGACUCAAGGGAGCAAUCAGGAAAUAUCUUCACUUCACAUUGUUUGCGACUCUGGUAUCACUCACUGUACAUUUUUGCAUAGCUGUCACUCGUAUCAUGCGGGCAUUCACUUCCAACGCUGAAGAACCUAAAUUUGCUGAACAUUACCUUGGGGUCUUCAACACGCCCUCGGCUGUGAUCCUUUCUGUAUGUAAUGGGAUUGUCCUUAUCAUUGUGAACGGAUUGAUUGUCUUGCGUACAUAUGUCAUCUGGAAUCAUGAUCGCCGAAUUCUUGCCCUCUCAGUGACAUUUUUCAUGGUGAAUUCUGCUACAGUGGUGUGGUUGGUCGUGGCGCUUGCAUCAAAUCCACUUCAAUGGCGGAGCCCUCUUCUGUCUCCGGUAUGGAUGAUGGCAACCGCAUUCGCUUCAUCAUUGGUAUUGAACAUUAUUUGCACCGCACUCAUUGCCUACAAGAUUAGAAAAGCUCAGCAUGUCAGUGAUAGGCUUGUGUCGAUCAUAGAUAACAGGAUGAAGCGCGUUUCUUUCAUUCUUGUCCAAUCUGCUGCAGUUCAUACUCUCGUGAAUUCUGCAAUGUUGGUUUUCACGCUGACGGCACGUACUGCCCUGUAUGUCAUAAUCUAUCUGACUCCUCCUCUCAUGGGUAUUAGUUUUCUGUAUGUCAUCAUCAGCACUUCAAACAUCGUUCCAGAGUCUGCGGUGCGGGAACCCUCCGAGCGAAGAGGACCCAAUCAGAUCAUAACGGGCGACCAUGGUCUGCCCAACGGCGAUGAUGAUAUUGUCGGAGUUGACAGUACCGCCAUUUCCCCGGCUAUCACUGUACAAAUUCAUCUGGAGCAGACCAUUCGUGUAGAUGAUGACUGGCCUGUUGCCAGUGUGGAAUCUGACAAGUGAAGACAGUAGUACAAGUUGUAUGUGACGAAUCCGGCAGCCUUCCUGUACUGAUGCUUGAUGUUCAAACGCAUGACCUUUCUACAUGAAAUGCUGCUCUCGUUUGGUCUAGGCUGGAUGAUCUCCAACCUUUGAAG